UGUCAGCUCGUCUCCGGAGGGUUGAAGAGCCUAAUAACUCGGAUUUAACGUUUACUAGUCACUGAGUUUUGGAAACACUGGUUUGCUAUCCAGAACAGCAGAGCAGUGUUUAAAGCAUUUGUUUUAAAAGACUCACAUUGAAGGACCUUUCACGCCCCUUUGUCCACCACGUGUGUUAUGUGAGACGUCCAGCUUUGACUGUAAGAACUUAUGUGCCUGAGAGUCUGACACACGUCUGUUCAAUGGCUACCUCAGGCUCCACCUCCUCUGCCUCCAUCACCGCCGCCACUGUGCCUGAGGAUUUCCAUUAUGAAACCAAGUACAUUGUGCUCAACUACCUGGGAAUGCUUCCUGUGGGUAGAUCACAGGCCCCAACCACAGCUCAAGGUGAUGCCCAGAAUGAGAGAGAGAGGACCACAGUGAUUAAAGAGCAGAUAGAAGAAGAGCUGAGACAACUGGAAGAUGAAAUCGCUGCCUCCUUUUCCACUACAGGCUUCGACCGACACACAUCGCUGGUGUUUAAUCCAGCCAACCCAGAGAGUUCUAUUGAAGACUGCCUUGCCGCAGUGGGAGACCGGGUGGCCGGAGAGCUUGACACACACCUGGCAGCAGCCGUACACACACUCCUCGCAGGGCCUCUGGAUUACCAGAGAUUCAGAGAAACGGCACUGGAUCUCUCAACACACACACAGGGAGACUGGAGCAAGGUGAUAGUGCCUUUGGUGCUGCUUCAGGCUUUACAAAGCGAGGGCCAGUCACUGACAACGCUGUUGAAUCUGGGGGUGCGCUUCCUAGAGGAGGAUGAAGCUGGCUACAUCAUCCAGCAAGGGGGAUGGGGUGAAAUAUUCAGCCUUGAGUCAGAGGAGGAGCGAGGUGUGGCCAUCGCUGAAGACAGCAACGACAUUUACAUCCUCUCAGGGGAGCAGCAUCCAGACCAGCUGAGCCCCCCCUCCUCGCUGCUCUGCACUGGAGACAACAGCAGUGAGCAGAGCUCCUGGCAGACGGAAAGCUUACCUGUGUCUCUGGCCGGCCACGAGUCUUGGGCACAGGUUGGUGUGAUGGACCCUGAAGACGUCAAGAGUCUGGACAGUAAUGAGGGCGUGGCUCUGGCCGAGGAGCGCAGCGAGAACAACUCCUCGAACUCCGACAUCGUCCACGUUGAGCGCGAGGAGGCCGAGCUGCUCGAGGAAGGCGGCGAGGGCGGAGCGAUAGAAGAAAGCAUGAUGAGUGUUUUGGGCACAGAGAGCGAGCUGGCUGAGCUCAGGGAAGAAUUUAGGGACCAGACUCCACCUGUUCCAGUGUCAGCCGAGGGAGACUCCACAGCCCCGGCCUCCCUGCUUUCAUUAGAGGAGCCAGUUGUAAUAGAGACACCUGCAGUCUUGUCGGCAGAGCCCUGCCUCGUCUCCUCAGAACCAAUGCUGGUCCUAGAAGCUGCUCUACCCCCUCGAUCUGAGCCAGAAAUCUUUGCCUGUCCAAUACCUGUAUCUGUUCCUGCAGUAGAACCAGAGCCUGAGCCAGAAAUCUUUGCCUGUCCAGUCAUUUUAUCUGUUCCCGCAGUAGAACCAGAGCCUGAGCCAGAACCAGCUUCCGCCCCCGCCCCAGUGCCUGCCGUGGUGGAACCCCCUUCUCUACCCAAGGAAAUCCCUGCAGCACCAGCAGAGCUAGAAACCACCUCAGAACCAGCUCCUGAACCGGAACAGGAGCCGGAGCCCGACGCAGUGCCUCUCCAGCCAGAACCAGAGACUGUGGCAGAGCCGGAGGCUGCACCCCCUGUCCUUGAGGCCCCCGUAGAAGCCCCUGCUGAGGAGCAGCCAGUGCAGCCGGAGCCAGCAUCAGAGCUCCCAGUGCUGCUUUACGGAGGUGCUGCACUGGUGGUCCUCGCUGCUGUAAUGGCGUACGGCGUCAUAAGCUUCAGGAGGAAGUAGAAGAGUGUCCUUGUCAGGGAAGGAGAAUGGAAAUUACAAGAUGUUAAGGUAGAAAUAAAUGUAAUAGUACACAAGGUGGGACUCUCCUUACAAAGGUGGAGGCUGCGUUUAAAAAAAACAAAAAGACAAAAAAAAAUAAUCUGCUAUGCUAUUGAAGGUUUCAAAUCUGUGAAAAUCCCCACCCACCCCAAGCAAACAAAAAUCUCACGUCAUCCACAACCUUACUGCUGGGAGUCCUGGCUGCUUCCCUGCACCAAUGCACUCCACUCCUCUCCUUAUUUUUCAUGUUUUUUUUUUCUUCUUCCCUCUCUCAACCCUUUUUGGGCUGUUUUGUGUUUAAAUUCUCAAGCCAUUCAUUUCUUCGAUUGGAAAGUUGGUGAACUUUUAUCCCAUCUCUGCUACUUCCACUGAAUGUGUCUGUGGCUCACUGUUUUGAAUUGUUUUGUGUCAUUUACGUCAGUUACUUCCAUGGAAAAGUCACUGUAAACCACGUUUUCUGUUGCUAUGUGACUAAAGGUUUUUUAUCACUUUCUCUUUCACAUUUAUUUAUACCCCCCACCCUCCCUCUGAUAAAUCAACUGUAUAAUAUGGAAAUGAAACCAGUAAUUUAGAUUUUUAUGUGUCAGUUUGAAACUCCUUCUGAUACAGAACAGGCAUAUUAUGUUCGACCUGUAUGUUCCAUCUUUAUAUAUUGCACAAGGGAUUUGUAUCCGUUCACCUGCAGCCCGUUUUUAGUUUUUGUGUAUUGAAACAUAGAUUUUGCCCAAUAAUGGAUGAAAGUAAAUUUAACCGUUUCCUAUGGUCCAGUGCUGCUGCUGCAUUUGUAGAAAUGAUACAUCAAUCAUGCUUUAUCAGUAUGUAAAUCUGAAUAUACUGUGAAGGUUAAAAAAAAAUGUAGCAAGGCAUUACUUCUUGUUACAAUGGAUUUUCAGUCUCAGUAUAAGGUGGCAUACAGUACUUUUUUUAAUGUCAGCCACUGCUUAUGUUUACCCUGCCAUAGUGAGCAGUAUUACUUCAGACAAGGAGAGUAGCAGGAAUGUGACUGCAGUGCAUAAAUUCAGUCAUCCCUUUAAAUGUAAAUGGAUUUAAUGAUUGAAUGGAUGGAUGGGUAACUUCUCUUCCACAGUAAACUUUCACUCUGCAGUUUCUUUCCAUUUCUGCCAGGUGUCUUUUGUCUCGGCCUCUGUAUUUUGCUCUGUACCCUUUUUCUAUUACUGCUCCACCGCUCAUAACGUACCCGACCCUUGCCACAACUUCCUUAUGACAGUUGCAUCUGUCCCAGUGACUGUCCCCUUAGAUCUGAACUCAUACCCUCCCGGAGUAGAAUAUGAGUUGGUGCGCCACUGUGAGGUAUUAAAGGCAAAAAUUGGUUCUUCAGAGUGUCAACCUGUUUGUAGUGUUUCACAUGUGCAUAAAAAUCCUGUUCAUAUAGACCAGGGGUCUCCAGCCUGAGGGCUGCCUGAAGGGAGAACAUUGUCAGAAGGGCUCCUCUGUGUACUUCACAUGCAUCCAUGUUAAAUUUAUGAUUUCAAUAGAGUAACAUAGCAGUGUAUAGUUUCACCUUUAGUCAUUUCCAUAUACAGGGUUGAACUGCUUAGAUCUGGAAUUGCAGAUAUAACAUGUAAUAAAAGGCUAGUGUCAAUUUUUUUUUAUUUGAUUCAUUUUGAAAACUCCCACACACAGUUUCGCUUGCUGCUGAAAAAUAUGUUUUCCUGUUUACACCAUGUGUCUGUCUAUUCAGCAGCAAGUGAGACGGUGUGUGGGAGUACCUCCUUUAUUUGACAUGUCAGAAUAUAAAUAGCAAGUCAAACAGUGCGACAAAUACAAAUAAAUAAUAAAAAUGUAAGAGUAAUGAAUUUAAAUGUUAAGACACAAUGGGACCCAUCUGUACACCCCCUUGCAACUUUAUUCAGAAAAAAUGUUUAGAUCAAGAUUACAGAACAAGCUCUGUGUUGGAGACCCCUGACAGACGCACUCAAGCUCUUGUUCCUGUGAAAUUAGUUUUGCAUACAUUACCCAGCUAGCGAAACCUCUGUGGUUACUAAUGAGCCAACAUGCACUACAGUUGUAGGAGUAGGAGUUUUAAGACAAAAUGUUAGCUGUGGUGGAACGUACUCUGGCCUCCCCACGUUCAAGUUAGACGUAAAAUUAGUUACCCUGCCCCUCAGUCAUUAGUCGUGUCAGUAAGACAUGAUAAAUACUUAAGGUGACAAAGUUUUGCCCUCACUGCUGCCUCAUCACAACGUGGAUAUGUUCUUUGAGAAUUUGGGGAUGUCGCAGUAAGCUGCAUCACUGUGGUGUUGGACAGAUAUCGUCUUCCUUGAUACAGAAGGGAUGUUUCCAAUGUGGGUGUUACUCAUAGUAAUACUCACAGACUCAAACAGCCUGCUUCCAAAGGGAAACUGUUAAAAGUACAGAGCAGGAUGGGUGUUAAAAGGUCCCAAACAUGACACUUUGUACCUUGAGUUUCCUACAACACUGUUUAAGAUGAGAAUUAAAAAAAGAAUUAAACUAUUUGAGUACC